CUGAAGUUGAGGGAGGCCAAUUCUGGUCGCAUAGUGGCAGGAUUACCUCGACUACGUAUUCAAUUCAGUCAUCGCAACGUUGUCAGGAUCCCUUCUCUUAACCUCCAACAACAUUGAUCAAUCUAAUGACUCAUAAAUCUCUGGUUCCAUAACCGCAAUCGCACUAACUAUGGAGUCGUUAGCCGAAAUUGAAGCCCCAGGCGCACCUGUGGCUAAACCUCGUGUUCGUCCAAACCCGCCACCCUCGUCGUCCAAGUCUUCUGAAGAAGUGUUCCAUUGUCCAAAUUGCCGAAAGACGUUUGCGUCGCGGACAUGGUGUCGCCACCACCGCAGGAAAAACACGUGUCGUCCACCACAAGCGGCGAUUUCUUGCCAAAUCCCCCAUGAGCACCACCCUCUUCGAGAGCAAUUUGACUCCAUGAGCGAUGCAUUGGAGUGGUGGGCGGCCAACGAAAUGGAUCGCUUUUUCUCCUUCAAAGGUUGCAAACGGGGCAGCAAGAUCGCGCAUUGCUCGCAAAAUGUCCAGGACAAACGGGCCUCGACCAAGAAAACCAAAAAAGUGUUCCAUUGUAGCGCCAAGAUCAUCUUCAACCAAGCAGAAGUGUGCCAAUGCGAGGACGCCAAUGCCGACGGGGAUUGGUGCCACAACGCCCAAUUCAAGAUCUUGGCCUAUGGUUGUCUGGCUCAUUCACACCCAAUUGAGCCGAGGAAGCUACGUCUCUCAGAAGUCGAGAAAAGGCGCGUGAUUCAAAUGCUCCAAUCCGGUCUCCGGUCCGACGUCAUCCUGGACAAGUUCGUGCCCCAAUCGGCCAAUAGUAAACCCUUGACUUAUGAUGACGUCUACCGAAUUCGUAAGGCCUGCCAUCGUCUGGGAGGAACCUCCGAAGGCCGGGUAUCGGAGGUGGAGAACGUGACCGCCUUGUUGGCCGAGCCCGCCUUUCGCAGCUUCAAUUUCGGGUCCAAGUUUGAGGUGAUGGAAUUUCCAGCUGAUGUCACGGGCAAAGUGGUUGAAACCUCGGGCCAUUUUCUCAUCACGUGGGCGAGUGCGAUAAUGCUCGACCACUUUCGAGCGCAUCCCACCAUCAUUUCUAUUCAUGGGUCGGCGGGAACCAACUCGUCCAAAUUCGUUUUGAUCUCCAUUUUAAUCUUUGAUUCCAACGGCGAAGGUUGUCCAAUUUUGCAAGCCCUGGCUGAAAAUGAAAGUCAAACAGUGGUUUCCGCCGCCCUUAACGUUUUAAAGUCGCUUGUUCCCGAGGCUUGUGCCAAGGUCACAACCAUCCUGACAGAUGCUCAUCCCACGUACAUCAACGCCUGGCGAGAGCUAAUCCACUCUGACGUGGUCUGGAGCGUAGUUCAUUGGGACGGGGUCAAAGAUGGGUCUAAAAAGCGGACCCAAUCCGCCUCGGCGGGACCGGAGCCCAUUCUCAACAAUGGUCAGACCAAUGAUCUUAAGGAGACGGAGCAGAUCAUGAUGGUGAGUAUCGAGAAUGAGGAUCCCGCCCAGACGGAAACCGCCCAGACGUCGCAAAUCUUGAGCGUGGAGCGCUUCCGUCGGACCGUCAAGCAAGUAUUUCGAGCGAAGAUGGACGUGGCUAGUGCGUGUUUGGGCAUAAAACAAGUCAACAAGAUCUUUUACGGCAUUGAGACCGUUGUGCCAGAGGCCCGGCUCAUAACGAAGACAUCCCAUACAGAGAAAUCAGACCUCCUGGAACAGCCGAAUCCCAGGAAGCGAAAACGCCUGGCGGCCCAAAUCCAAUCAGUUCAAGUCCCGAGUGAUAUCGAGGCGCAAGAGGUGUCUCGAUUUAUGGACGAACUUGCUCAAAUGAAGGAAAAAGUGCUUCGAGCUGAAACCUUAUUAACCUCGCAGAAUGUGGACAUGGAUGUCAAACGGGAUUUUAUGAAUGCCUUGAACUCGUUUCCGAUGAAGAUGGUCGACGUGCCUGAUCACCCUCAAACCUCCUAGCCAAAAUAUACUCGGCCCACACUGUUAGUCACCCUAGGCGUUCUUGAACAUUUUAUUCUUUUAUCCGUUUAUAUUUAUAUCUAUAUUGGAAUAAAACAAGGUUUACUCGAUGGUUGAACUACGA